AGUCCGCCCUUGCGAACCACAUACGACGGCUACAUCAACACAACCGCGGACGCCAUAGUUCUCUUCGAAGCUUGCCUGGGCGGCCAGCGUACUCAUGUUGCCCGCCGGCCAUACGACGGGGAAUAUAGCCAGCUCACCAGAAGUGGCUGUGUAUACAUCUACGAAGAGCACUCUUCAGGCAUCAAACGCUGGACCGACGGCAUCCCCUGGAGUCCCAGUCGCAUCCUCAAUAAUUUCGUGAUAUACCGCGAGCUCCACGCGCCCUUCUCCCAAGGUGAGAAGAAGAGAGCCACCAAGAAACCCAAGAAGGCCAACGACAGUAUCGUCAAGUCUAAAUCAACCAGCGAAUCAAGCAUCAACGGCAUUCUUACGCACCAUGCCGCCGCCCAAGCUGCGGGAGGAAGCACGGGCUCCGACCUCGAGCGGCAGGUAUACGGCUCCCUCAUCGACUCGUACGACUUCAGAGAAGGCGGCCUGAUGAAGAAGACUAUCAGCAUCAACUACCGUGGCGCCCCUCACCACCUAGUAUCGUAUUACACAGCCGACGACCUUAUAAACGGCAGACUUCAACAGCCGAUGCAUGACCCCACAUUGAACCGCCUGGUCCCUCGCGUGGAGCUCCUCGCCUUUCAGAACUUCCGCUGCUCCAUCGAG